AUGGAACCAACAUUACUCUUCAAUGUUUCCAUACUCAUUACAAUAACAAUUAUCAUUACACCAAUACUACUCCCACUACUAUCAAAGAAACUCCAAAACUCUCCAACCACCAUUACACACACUGUCAAAACCGCCUUCCUAACCAGCCUCGUACCAACAAUACUAUUCAUACACUCAGGCAUAGAAAGUAUUAUCUCACAUUGAGAAUGAAAAUUCAUCAUAAACUUUAAAAUUCCACUAAGCCUAAAAAUAGACCAAUACUCCACAAUAUUCCUCCCUAUUGCCUUAUUCGUAACAUGAUCCAUCCUUCAAUUCGCAACAUGAUACAUAGCCUCAGAACCAUACAUCACCAAAUUCUUCUCCUAUCUCCUAAUAUUCAUAAUUGCCAUACUAACUCUAACCAUUGCCAACAACAUAUUUCUAUUAUUCAUUGGCUGAGAAGGAGUCGGCAUCAUAUCAUUCCUGCUAAUCGGCUGAUGACAAGGCCGAGCAGAAGCCAAUACAGCUGCACUUCAAGCCGUCCUCUAUAACCGAAUCGGAGACAUCGGACUCAUCUUAAGUAUAGCAUGGCUCGCAUCCUCCAUAAACACCUGAGAAAUCCAACAAACAUUCUCCACCACCCAAACCCCAACACUCCCCUUACUUGGGCUCAUUCUAGCAGCCACAGGAAAAUCAGCCCAAUUUGGACUCCACCCAUGACUACCAGCGGCCAUAGAAGGCCCCACCCCAGUCUCCGCCUUACUUCACUCCAGCACCAUAGUAGUAGCUGGCAUUUUCCUCCUAAUCCGCACACAUCCCUUACUCGCCAAUAACCAAACAGCCCUUUCCCUAUGCCUCUCUCUAGGGGCCCUAUCCACCCUAUUUGCCGCCACAUGUGCCCUCACACAAAACGACAUUAAAAAAAUCAUCGCCUUCUCCACCUCAAGCCAACUAGGGCUAAUAAUAGUUACCAUUGGGCUAAACCUUCCCCAACUAGCCUUCCUUCAUAUUUCAACCCACGCCUUCUUCAAAGCUAUGCUAUUCCUAUGUUCAGGUUCAAUCAUCCACAACCUCAAUGGGGGACAAGAUAUUCGAAAAAUAGGCUGCCUACAAAAAAUACUCCCCACAACUACAUCCUGCCUAACCAUCGGAAACUUGGCCUUAAUAGGAACCCCAUUCCUAGCAGGAUUCUAUUCAAAAGACCUCAUCAUCGAAAAGCUAAACACUUCCUACCUAAACACUUGAGCACUGUUUUUAACAUUACUCGCCACAACAUUCACAGCAACCUACAGCUUAGGUAUAACCCUAUUAGUCCAAACAGGAUACACUCGCAUAAUCACAAUGCCCUCAAUAAACGAAAACAACCCAACAAUCACCAACCCAAUCACCCGUCUCGCCCUGGGUAGCAUCAUAGCCGGACUACUCAUCACAUCUUACAUUACCCCUACAAAAACUCCCCCAAUAACCAUACCCACCCUCACAAAAACUGCAGCCAUCAUCAUCACAAUGCUAGGCAUCAUCCUAGCCCUAGAACUUGCAAACACGACACACACCCUAACCCAACCAAAACAAAACACCUACCUGAACUUCUCCUCCACACUAGGAUACUUCAACUACUUGACACACCGCCUCAGCUCCAUAAAACUGCUAAACAAUGGCCAAAAAAUUGCUUCCCACCUAAUUGACCUAUCCUGAUACAAAAAAAUAGGCCCAGAAGGACUUGCUGACUUACAACUUAUAGCAGCCAAAACUUCAACCACCCUCCAUACUGGACUAAUCAAAACCUACCUAGGAACCUUUGCCCUCUCCAUCCUCAUCAUCAUACUAUCAACAUAA